CUCGAUCUUCACAAUGAACCAGUUACAGCUCCUAGCCGUUAUUCUGUAUUUUGCCAAGCAAUCCUCAUUCUCUGCCACUGACCCCAAUAUGACCUGGCAUAGACAUGGGAUCCCAAUGUUCUUUCCUCAUGAAACACUGAAGUUGGACAAACCCCGAUUCUCCGCAAAGGCCAUGCUGGAUCUGACAACUCACUGCAAUGAGGAAUGCCUGUGGAAAGAGGCUCACCCUACCUUGGAGGAUUUAAAGGAAAAUCUCUCUUAUGAAACAGUUUACACCAAUGGCACACGAAUGCUCACUAUGGUAGACUUUCCUGACUUUGACCCAAAUACCCUUCUUGUGAAGCAGUACGCCCCUAGGAGGUUACGGCGUAAGCGACAGAUUUUUGGAGUGGAUGGAAGAUUUGAUAUUUCUGGCAAACAAUUCUUGCUUCAUUUCCCCUUCUCUACAACGGUGAAAAUCUCCACAGGGUGCACAGGAGUCCUGGUGUCAGAUAGACAUGUGUUAACAGCAGCACAUUGCAUCCAUGAUGGGAAAGAUUACGUCAAAGGGGCAAAAAAAUUAAAGGUUGGGUUUUUGCAAGAGAAUCCCAAAACCCAAAAGUUGGCAAAAAGUUCCAAAUUUCCACCAAAAUUAUUGACCAGGUGGUCACGUGUCAAACGCACGCAGGUACCAAAGGGUUGGAUACGAUCUCAGAAUGACCUCACUAUGGACUAUGACUAUGCAUUACUGGAACUGAAGAGGCCUCAUGACAGGCCACACAUGGAGAUCACAGUUAUGCCAACUACAGACCAAGUAGCAGGCAACAGAAUCCAUUUUUCAGGAUUUGACAGUGACAGACCUGGACAGCUGGUGUAUCGAUUUUGCCGAAUAAUCAACGAGACACCUCACCUCAUCUACCAGCACUGUGAUGCCCAGCCAGGCUCCAGUGGCUCCGGGGUCUAUGCUAAAUUGUGGUUGCCAGAGAAACAGCACUGGGAAAGGAAGAUCGUCGGUAUAUUUUCGGGACAUCAGUGGGUGGACCUCCAUGGGGUGCAGCAAGAUUACAAUGUGGCAGUGCGCAUUACACCACUGAAAUAUGCACAGAUCUGUUACUGGAUCAAAGGCAUUUAUAGUGAUUGUCAUUCUCAUUAAAGUCUAGAGACAAGGAACAUAAGACUGACCCUGCCCAUUUUAGGCAUCGGUACCAAUUGUUCUUAACUCCAACAUGCUGAUUCAAAAAUAUUGAGGCCCUGAACAAGAGUACAUACAGCUGGAGCCUUUCUAAAUAAAAUUGAUUUUCAUUGUGAUCAAGGCCACUGACAAGAAGUUGAGGAACUUGAGCACAUCAAGACUUGGUACAUCCAUGAUAAUCUUGCCACCUUUGUACAGUUUAAUCAGGGUGCAGAAUUGGGGCAAGGAAGAAGUUCACAGCUUGAAUACUCACAUUUUCUUAACAGAUAAAACUAUUCAUUCAACAUUGACACUACAAAUGAAUGUGAACUAAAUGGAUUACGUUUCUGGAGUCAUCAUCAACCAAAAACAAAUUGCCUAGUCAAAAAAAGAUUGGUGAUUACCCUAUUCAGUGAUUCAGUAGCAGACAGAGAAAUGUAAUAAAAAUCAGUUCUCUUGUUGUAGUUUUAAAAUUUAAUUUCAGUAAGAUCAGAAAAGGAAAAUUUGGCACGAUAAACAGAAUACAUGUAUUUAAAGUAACAUUAUAUUUAAAAUCCCUAUCAUUCAUCAUGUGAUAAUGCCAUCAAGUCCUUUUUAAGAACAAUUUAUUAACCUUCAGUGAUUAAAUCAUGCUAUUCUCCCUUUCUAUUUUAUUUUAAUAAAGCUUUUACCUUCCAACUACUGCCCUGUGACAGAAUAACUAGAACUAGGGCAAGUUAAUUUCAAUGCACCAAUUUGGAAAUUGCCACCAUUCAACAUUGUGGAACCUUCUGAAAUCUCCAUGAUCAUUUGAAAGAUACCUUUCUUGAUAGUAUUUAAGGAAAGGUUAGAGAUACCCAAAUAAAAGCAAAGUAUUGCAGAUGCUAGAAAUCUGAAACAAACGCAAUGCUGAAGAAACUCAGCAGGUCUUGCAGCAUCUAUUCUGAAUGAGUUCUAAAGAAGUCAUAAUGGACUCAACAUUAACUCUGUUGCUGUCUUCACAAAUGCUGCCAGGCCUGUGGAGUUUCUCCAGCAUUCUGUUUGCUUGUUAGAGAUACCCAAAACCCACCAUAGUUCCUAGGGUAAGUCCUCAAGAGUUAGAUGGCCUGCACAUCAAUGAGCAUGAUUGGUGCACCUCAUCAGUUGCUCAUUUUGAGCAACCUCAGUGUAGAAAAGUAAAGGGAGCAAGGGUACAUUUGUUGGUGCUGGAGAUGAAAACAAAAGCUAGUGAUAAAAAUAAAGACAAGAUGGUACAAACCAAUGCUUCUCUUGAUUAGUCAAACCAAGACUUGUCAUUCCUGUUCAGAUUCAUCUCAUAUCUCUGUGACAGCCCAUUUGAUGAUAAUUUGUCUUCCAUAUAAGAAGGCAGGACUGACCCAGUACUCAAAUGCUGCUUACAUUGUAGCCCACCACACCAACACUGCCAAAUGGUCAUUUUUAUGAUCGUUGAUUUAGCAUUGACAAAAAAGUUUCCUUUGAAAAAGUGUACUAGUUCAACAGUUGAAUUUCUCAAAUUAUUUUGUUUUCGUUGUACUAAUGAAUUUUGAACAAAUUACAUAGAUAUGACAUUGCCCAAAGACUGGGAUGGGGAGCUAGAUCUUAUCCCAAAACAUUUGGGCUUUUGCCACCCAGGAUACUUUCCACUGAUGAAGCCAGACCAAUCAGAAAUCCAGCCCCACCCCAACCCUUCAACAAUACAUAUCUCAUUUUGAGGGCUACUUUGUCUGUCUCAUUACUUGAUUUACAUUGCAAACACAAAACAGUUCAACAAGUUCAAAGAAAUUUAGAAGUGGAGCUGCAUUAAACAACAUCCAAAUAAAAAUGCAGAUUUUUUUAAAUAAAUAAAGACAUCUAAUUUGUGCUUUGAAUAUAUGGUGGUACAUAGUGAUGGCUUCUGAGUUGACUUUGUUAUUGUGUAAUUAUUGUAUGGCUUCAGAUUCCUCUUUGUGACUAAGUGUCUCCUAGUUACUGCUUUCAAGAAGUUUAAAAGACAAAGACAAAGACAAUAAUGCUGCAAAGAUAUUGCAAGUUGCAUGAUAAAAAUCAAGUUAAAAAUCAGACUAGCUCAGAUCCAUGAAUUGGCUUUCCUUCAGCUUCUUGUUAUAAAUGUCAUUUUCUUAGAAUUCUGUAGAAAUAAAUAUUUUUUGAAGCUCA